GUCAUUUGUCAAUGUUGACAAUGUUUACAUACCUUAACCAUAACCUUUGUUUGAUUCUGAAUUAAAAACUUCACAUAUAAAUGAAUAAAAAUAAUUUUGUUUUAGACUGAAAAUUUGUGGAAUAAUGACAAAUGUAUUCAAAUAUAUCAAUAGGAUAUCAGCUCAAAGAAAUCUUAUCUUAAUACAAAGGUACAAUGCAACUGCUAUUUCGGUAAAAAAAGGGAAGAAUGAAGAUGAAUAUGAAAAGGCUGAAACAGUUCGUAAUAUUGAAAGCUUAUUGAAAAUAAAUAUCAAAACGGCAUUGAAAGUUGUAAAUGGUAAUAGAGAAUUAAUCUCUAAACCUCCAUCACAGUUGAGUGGGAAUUUAAAAAUAUUACUAAAGAAUCGUAUCAACAUUUCAACUGUUUUGAGGUAUCCCUAUUUAUUAGGGAUUUCACAUUUAGAAGAGAACAUCUGCAAAUUGAAACAAUUACCUCAUGAGCUCAAUGUAACCAUAGUCUUGGCAGGUUUACCCAAACACAUGAUUGAUAAUGUUUUGAAUGACAUUAGUGGAGAUCGAAUAUCUCAAUUGUCGGAACUCUUUCAGAUUCCCCCAAAAUUAACUUGUGAAUUAUUGUACAAGAAAAACUUUCUAGUUACUAAAAGCUUGGAUUCAUUGAAGGAAAAUUCAAAGUUUGUAAAAGAGUUCGGAAUUUCACUCGAACAUUUGAGAAACGAUCCCUGGGUCUUGAAUUAUAGCAGAGAAGGAAUCAUGCACAGAAUAGAGUACAUCAGAGAGACCGAUGUUCAGCCUUCGCGUCCAAAACCAUGGAUGCUUAGAUCUCCAAUUGAUGUAAUUGAAAACCAUUUCCAGAAAAGACAAGAUAAUAGACAAAUUUUAGGAAAUGCUUCUCUAACUGAAUAUCUUUCUGAGAGAUUGGGAUGCACAGAGGAGCAAGCCAAAUAUAUGGUUUUAAAGAUACCAGCUUUAAGGACCAAGAACCUUAGGAAAGUUUCAGAUAUUAUAACUUUACUAUAUAAUAAAGGCUUCCAACCUCAUCAUAUUUAUAGAAUUCCAAAAAUUUUGGUUCAUAGUAUUGAAACAACUAAAAAAAGGUUAGAACAAAUUGAAAAGUCAGGUAUCAAAAUGGAUAGUUUAUAUAUGCUGACUAAAAGUCAUAAACAAUUUACACAUCAUUUCGAAACGAUGGUAAAAAUGAAAAAAGGAAAUCUUGAAUCACAAAGUCCAAAUAAAGACGACCAAUAAAAA